AUGCUCACACAGACGAUCCAGAUCAAAAAUAAUGACGAACCUGAAAUUGCUGUAACGAAGGAUUUACCACAUCAAUCUACUUGCGCUUCUCAUUCAAUUUUACCGAUAAAAAAGAAAAAUAUAGUUAGCCCAUUACCACCAACAGAUGUUCCAAAAAUAUCGUCAUUUACUGAAAUAAUUGAUCAAUUGAGUCAUACAUUUAGUGAAAUAAUUGUACAACAAUGCACUACAUUUUUGAACGACCCGAUAUCCGAAGAAGAUCAGCAAUAUUUACGUAAGUACUUCGGAAAUGAUAUAAGUACGCAAACAUUUACUUUUACUGGAUUUUGUGAUCGUUUGAAAAUUACAACAACUAUUGGUAUAUUUUUUCGCUUCUAUAUUCCAUUAACGCAAUUUUUUCAUAUAGGUCGAAGAAUAUUAGUUGCGUUCAAGUUGAAGAAAUCAUUUACACAAGGUGCAAUAUUAGGUUCGGAUAUCAUUCGCAUCGCAUAUAUACUUUGGAAGUCACCAAUGACAAUAAAAGGCUUGAUACUUUUCAAAUUAUUGGACUUUAAUGAAGAUAACGAAAUUUCAACUGAUGAGAUUCAUUUAUUUUAUAAGGAAAAUUUUCUUGAAUCUACUUUUUCCAAUGAUAAACGGUAUGAUGAAGUCGGUGAAAUACUUUUAGAAGGUUUUUCCUUGAAUAACGAUGAUUCUCAAGAACAAGUAUUAAAUUUUGAUAAAUUUUACCAAAUCCUCGAAAAAAAUCCACGUUUAUUCAAAUGUCUUGAUUUAAUCAGCAUAUCUAAUCGAAAUAACGAAGAUGAUAAAACAAGUUGGUAUGAACGUUACUGGAUAUAUAUGAAAAAUAAUAAAAGUUAUACUGUUAUUCUUCUGUUAUAUAUUUUGAUUACAAUGUCAUUAAUUACUUAUGUAAUUAUUCAACGCGCUGUUUUUAUGGAAAACAACACUGUAUGGCAGAUUUUUGCUCGAAUUGGCGGAAUAUUAAUUAAUUUUAAUUUUGCUCUUGCAAUUACUCUUAUGCUUAAACAAACAAUGACGAUUAUACGACGAACUUAUUAUCUUCGUUUAUACAUUCCUGUAGAUAGUCAUAUCGAUGCUCAUCGUGUAGUAGGGACAGUAUUAUUCAUAUCAUCUAUGAUGCAUACAGGUGGUCAUACUAUUCACUUUGCUACGCAUACUCAAGAUUGGUCAUUUCUUAAAUCAAUAUUUACAACAGCGGCACAGCUUGGUUGGGUAGCUGAUUCAGCUACAAUUACAGGUGAUAUUCUUUUUAUAAUACUUAUAGUCAUGUUUAUCUGUUCAUUACAAUGCAUUCGACAACGACCUGGUUUUUAUAAAUUAUAUAAUUAUACACAUAGCUUAUUUUGGAUACUAUUCCUUUUGCUUAUAGUUCAUUCAAGAGACUUUUGGAAAUGGACUUUGGUACCUAUGACUUUAUAUAUUUUAGAGAAAAUCUAUUUAUUAAAACGUUAUUUACCAACCUAUGGUCGAACACGUUUAAUUUCUGCAAGAAUUGAAGAUAAAAAUGUUUUAACAUUAAUUAUUGAAAGACCAAAAAAUUUCAACUUUCAUACUGGUGAAUAUAUCAAUAUUUGUUUACCUAAUAUAAUAAACAAUGAGUGGCAUCCAUUUACAAUUUCUAGUAGUCCAGAACGCUCAGAUGUUUUACGCGUAACUAUAAUGAAGAAAUAUAAUUGGACAAAAAAAGUAUAUGAACACUUUAAGACAAAAUUAACACAUAGUGGUGAUGAUGAUGGUCAUCUGACAGAAGUUAUAACUAAUACAACAAAUGUCAUAUCAUCAAAUGAAAUUACUUUUACAAAGGAUGACAAAGAUGCUUUUAUUUGUGUUGAAGGACCUUUUAGUACUUGUACAUCAUAUAUAUUUGAUUGUGAACAUGUUGUUUUAAUAGGUGCUGGUAUAGGAAUCACCCCUUAUAUAAGUGCUUUAGAAACCUUAGUUCAUCAAUUAAGAGAACAACGUUGUAUUUGUUCUCAUUGUAAUGCAGUAAACUAUAUGCAACCUUCAUCACAAAUCCGACAACUGAAAAAAGUCGAUUUUAUUUGGGUUAGCCGUGGUGUUGAAAAUUUUUCAUGGUUUCGUAAAAUUCUCGAUGAAUUUGAAGUUGAACAAGAACCCUAUCUAAACUCAUUAAAUUCUAGUGGAAACCAACAACAAUCAAAAUAUCUUGAUAUACAUCUUUAUAAUACUUUGUUACCUCGAAAUGAAGAAGCUACAUUAGCAAAUCUUCCUUAUAAUCUUGUUGCAAGCAUGUAUGAAGUUGUGAAAGAUAGAGACAUGCAUACACAACUGAGAACGCCAAUACAUCUUGGACGACCACAAUGGGAUUCACUUUUUACUAAAUUUAAAUCUAAACAUUUGUCUACAAAUGUAUUUUUUACCGGUAAUGCAAACAUGUCGGAUGUUAUAAAACGUUGCUGUGAUAAAUAUCAAUUUUCAUUUCAACAUGAACCUUACUUUUAG